CUGGUUAUCGCGUCAUGUUCGCCACUUUGCCUGUUGCGGCCGAGACGGAUGAUUGCGUGGUGGUGUGCCAACUAUCACUACUAUCAGCAGCUGUGCUGUUUGGAUCAAUGCAUUCACUGCGCCUGUACUCUACUGUACAGUAGCCUGCUGGGGCUGUGGCAUCCAAAUGUACAUUGCCUUGUGCUGUGCUGUGCUGUGUGGUCAUCUCCCAUCCAUCGGCCAUAGAGCCGCUAACAGCUGCAAAUGCGUGAACAUAGCCCCCCUGUCAGGAUGCCGGAUAUAUCAUAUCGAUAUAUAUAGAACAAGGGCAGAUUACAGUACUACCACAGCUACGAGUACAGCACCAGCUCAGCACAGUAACAGUACCUGUACAGUGUACAGUGUACGCGACCAGCACCAGCACAGCACCAGCACAGCACCAGCACAGCACCAGCUGUUCAAUAUUGAAUGCUGUACAAUGCCGACCCGUCCUUCCCCAGUCCCAGUCCUUUGUCCCAUUGACAAGCUCCCUCGUCGAACCCGGAGUGCGGCGCCCAUGUACCCGUUACCCGUGCGGUAGACGGAGCGGUACUUUGCCUAGACUUACGCAAGCUGCCCAAUGGCCUCCAAGCAGGGAACGGCCGCCGGAAGCUCCGACGACAAGCCAUUCUGUCACUCGCCGUCUGCUAUUCUCUGCUUUAUGCUUUGUGAUGAAUUCUUUGCUGAGCCGCCCGG